AUGAGCAGAAGACGCCGAGCUUCGUCCGUAGCAAGUCGUGGUGCUGAUGGUGAUGAUAGUGAUGACGGCAUAGAGUUAAGCAACCCUGGACCUCCACCUUCACGUAAGAAGAAAAAGUUGGAGCCGAGUGAAAUAUGCCAACAGUUGUAUGAUACUAUUCGUUCAUACAAAAAAGAGGAUGGAUCUUUGCUUUGCGACUCUUUUAUUCGAGCUCCUAAGAGACGACAAGAGCCACAGUACUAUGAAGUUGUUUCACAACCCAUUGACUUAUUAAGGGUGCAGCAAAAAUUGAAAACAGAUACUUAUGAGGAUAUAGAGGAGUUGUCAGCAGAUAUUGAAUUACUUGUUAACAAUGCAAAAGCUUUUUACAAGCCCGAUUCUGUUGAAUAUAAGGAUGCCAUUGAAUUGUGGAAAUUGUAUACAACAAAUAGACAAGCACUUGAAAAUGGGGACGAAAUAAAAACACCAAAGGUAUCACGCAAUGGAUCAUCCAGCAGGCGUUCUGAUGUAGCUGAGGAUUUGUCCGAGACAUCAACAAAUAAUGAAGAUGAUAAUAUCUUUGAGGAAUUGUUCAAUGCUGUCAUGACUGCAAAUGUGGAUGGCCGACCUCUUUACCCAGCAUUUCAGUUCCUACCGUCUAAGCGUCGAUAUCCAGAAUACUUCAGCGUGAUCGAUUCGCCGAUAGAUUUGAAGACAAUAGCACAAAAGAUUCAAGCUGGAGAAUAUUCGUAUUUAAUGGAGUUGGAGAAGGAUUUGCUGACAAUGGUCAGAAAUGCUUGCAAUUUUAAUGAGCCUGGCAGUCAAAUAUAUAAAGAUGCAAAGGCUUUGAAAAAGGUGAUACAAGUACGCAGACAAGAGAUAGAGCAGCACGGGCGCAGCGGCCCCGCGAAGACUUCAGAACGUAUCCGUAGCAAACGCUCGUCCAGAGUGGGUCCGGUGCCCAGUAGCCGUGCAUUGGCUAUCAUGGAGCCACCAGGUUCCGACCCAGAACCUGAAGUUAAACACUCUGAGGAUAGUGCAGCAGAAAGUGACGAAGAUAAGGUGGAAAAUGAGGAUUCUCCACAGUGGAAACUUUUGGAGACUGUCAAGAAUCACCUUGGACCGAAUGGAACUCCGAUGGCGGAGCCUUUCUGGAAGCUUCCUUCACGUCGUGCCUACCCGGAUUACUACAAGGAAAUUAAGAACCCUGUUUCGCUCAAUCAAAUCAAGAACAAAAUAAGGAGAGGCAAUUAUGGUACUCUAUCAGAGGUGGCUGGGGACAUGAACAUAAUGUUUGAAAAUGCCAAGCAAUACAAUGUGCCUACUUCUAGGUUAUAUAAAGAUGCUGUUAAGUUGCAAAGAUUAAUGCAACAACGCGUGCAAGAAUUAUUGGAUAUUGUCCAAAGCUCGUCAAGCGAUGACGAAAGUCUCUCUACUGUUAAGAACCAGACACAAGUUGCAACACCUAGACCGAGAGGUCGUCCAAGGAUAAACCCGAUACCGGUGACAGCGCCCUCACCAGUUACCACGCCAUCGGUGCCAAAGUCUAACGUACCUUUGAAAAAGAAACUCCAUUUCAUUUCUAAACAAUUAGUAGAAUUCACGUGUUCCGAUGGGAGACAGCCCAUGCUGUUGUUUAUGGAAAAACCGAGCAAGAAACUGUAUCCUGAAUAUUACAAUGUUAUAGAUAAGCCCAUCGAUAUGAUCACUAUUGAAGCAAAUAUUAAAAAUGAUCGCUACAACAGUGUGGAAGAAAUGAUUUCCGAUUUCCGUCUUAUGUUCUCAAACUGCCGUCAGUUCAACGAAGAAGGUUCCAUGAUAUACGAAGACGCUAAUCUUCUAGAACGCGUCAUGAAUGAGAAACUAAAGGAACUUAACAACAGUCACGAGAAGAAGACUCCGCUCAAGCCUAUUAAAACUGUCAAGUCUAGACAGUUGUCGCCUUUCGAACAGAAAUUGAGGACACUAUAUGACGCAAUUCGAGAUUAUCGCGAUCCUAAAGCUAACAGACAACUAGCGCUCAUCUUCAUGAAGCUGCCAAGCAAAAUCGAGUAUCCAGACUAUUAUGAGCUAAUUAAAAACCCAAUAGAUAUGGAGAAAAUAGCUCAUAAACUUAAGAAUGGAGUCUACAAUUCAGUGAAUGAACUGGCUUCGGACUUCAUCCUAAUGUUUGAUAAUGCCUGCAAGUAUAAUGAACCCGAUUCGCAGAUCUACAAAGAUGCAUUGAUUUUGCAGAGAGUUUGCUUACAAACCAAGCAGCUUUUGAGGGAAGACGAUGACGCAGUGCCAGAUGUGCCAGCCGCUGUACAAGAAUUGUUGCUUAAUUUAUUCACCACAGUUUAUAACCAUCAGGAUGAAGAGGGCAGAUGUUACUCCGAUAGUAUGGCAGAACUACCGGAACACGACGAAGCCACAAAUGGAGAGAAAGUCCGCGCUAUAUCUUUGGAUUUAGUUAAACGACGUUUAGACAAAGGACUGUAUAAACGUCUUGAUCAUUUCCAACAAGAUAUGUUUGCGGUAUUUGAAAGAGCCCGCCGCCUCUCCCGCACGGACAGUCAAAUAUUCGAGGACUCAGUGGAACUACAAUCGUACUUCAUAGAGCAAAGAGAUCAGCUUUGCCGUGGAGUACUACAGUCCCCAGCCUUGUCGUUCACCAGAGAUACUAUCACUACCAGUGUGGAGUUGGUAAAGCAAUGCAAGCUUCUGCAGGAGAAUGAGGAUGAAGACGAGACGAGGUCAAGUACAGAUGAUUCUAUGCCAGCUGGUGGAGCCCCAUUACAAACCCAGUAUAACAAAGGCGACUUUGUGUACAUUCAGCCAGAGAAAGGCAAUAAAGAACCGGCGAUUGUGCAAGUGGAAAGAGUCUGGACCAACAAUGAAGGAGUUCCAAUGAUUUAUUGCAACCCUUACUUCAGGCCGCAGGAAACAUACCACAUAAGAACUCGUAAAUUUUUGCAGCAAGAAGUGUUCAAGACGGAGACACACCGCACUAUACCUCUUGAUCAUGUCAUCGGCCGUUGCUACGUUAUGAACGUGAAGGAGUACUUCAAGUUUCGCCCUGAAGGAUAUGCGGACAAAGAUGUGUACGUGUGCGAGAGUCGUUAUAACACCAAACACCGAUGGUUCAAGAAAAUCAAAGUAUGGGAGGGUGCUGAAAAAGAAGCCACGCUUGUGCCCAGAGAUGUACCUUUAGAACCAAACAGAACAGUAUCAGUGUUCCGUGAACGAGUUGAGAAGCAUAAGGAUGAGCUUGCCGAACUUGAGGUGUUGGAAAAUAUUCAAGAGAAGGAUAGACCGGACGUAGUGAUGUACAACCCUCUGGGCACGGACGACGAGAACACGUACUACGAGCAGUACAACACCGUGUGCUCCGGCGUCAUCAAGACCGGCGACUACGUUUACGUGGUGACGGACGGCGGCAAGCAGAUGAUCGCGCAGGUCGACACCAUCUGGGAAACCGGCGACAAUAAAUGUUACUUCCGCGGACCUUUCCUUAUCUUCCCAGCGGAGGUGGCGAACAUAAUUAACAAGCCAUUCUACAAGCAAGAGGUUUUACUGACGACAAUGCACGACACAAGUCCGUUAGUGGGCAUCGUGGGCAAGUGUUCAGUGUUGGACUACGAUGAUUAUCUCAAGUGUCGUCCGACAGAGAUAGCGGAGGGCGAUGUUUUUGUUUGCGAAUCCGUCUACGACGAGUCGAAUCGUGUUGCAAGGAAACUUAAAGCCGGUCUGCGAAAGUUCGAACACACUAAGGAUGUUACUGUCGAUGAGAUCUACUUUUUCCCAAAACCUUUGGGCCCGCCUGCUUUAGCUACAGCUCAGGAAGUUCAAUCCUCAUCCAGUGCUUUUACACAGAAACCUUUCAACCCCAAUGUCAACAUGGACUCCAUGGAUGGCAAACCCCAGUUCACGAAUCUCAUCAAUACCACUAUAGGAAGUCAGGACGUGGAAAUGAUCCUAGAAAAUUCAUUGGAUGACUCGUCAUUGGCGUCGCCAGCAACGCCGCUGUCUAUAGGUGGUAACAGCAACCCUUACAACCCAUCCAUGACACCAUCAACGAGCAACGAACGCUCAAACCCCACCACAACAACGCCUGCCACCGGCAAAAAGAAGAAAGAACAGAAACAGAAAAUCGUCACUGGCUACAUCCUGUACUCUAGUGAAGUGCGCAAGGCUAUUGUUGCUAACAACCCUGAGUCUACAUUUGGCGAGAUAUCCCGUAUCGUGGGCAACGAGUGGCGCUCUCUGCCUGCCGCCACCAAGCAGAGCUGGGAGGAGAGAGCUGCUCGCUGCAACGAGGAGACUUCCGCCAAGCUGGCCGAGGAGAUGCGGGAACUGUGUCAACACACCCCAAUGGAGAUGACCUACGAGUGCGCUUGGGACACAUGCGACUAUCAAUUCGAAGAUCUCACCGACUGCAUGGAACACUGUAUUGGAGAUGGAGGGAACACGGGGCACGUGCAGCAGCACUACCGCGGCAGCGCGAGCGGCGAGUACGCGUGCGCCUGGCGCAGCUGCGCGCGCGUGCGCAAGGGACAGGCGCCCUUCCCCAACCUGCCGCGCCUGCUGCGCCACGUGCGCGACCUGCACGUCAACAAGGGCAACGGCAGAAUCAUGGCCGUGCACGAGCGUUCCAGGAACUUCGUGCCAUCGAGUAAGAAACCGCCCAAGGUCUACUCGACCAACUUCCGAAGUGGUGUCAUGUCACCAGGAGGGUCGCUGUCGGGCAUGUCGCCGCUGGCGCGCAACAGCCCGUCGCCGGGCGCGGGCGCGUGCGGCGCGGAGGCGGGCGCGGGCGCGGGCGGCGGCCGCGCCGGCCCCGAGCCCAUCUUCGUGGCCGCGCCGCCGCGCGCCCAGCGCCUCACGCACUCCGACGCCUACAUCAGAUACAUCGAAGGCCUACAUUCGGAGCAAAAGUAUAUUACACCGUGGGAAAAAUCUCUUACACCGAUGCCAUCUAAUCCCGACCCGGCACAAUUCAACGUUCACAAAUUAUCCCAAUGGAUGACAGAAGAUGCCGUCAAUGGAUACUUGGCCUACGACAAGAGCCUCACCGAGGCAGACAUACAGAAAAUGGAUCAAAACACAAAGAUAGUAAAGGCACUCUGUGUGUUGAGAGAUUAUAUGAUGAGGGACGCGUUUGCAAUUUACAAAAAUUUGUAA